UGUUCCCACCGUGUCUGGUUUCAGGAUCUGUGAAUGCUUGUGAAAAGACCUCAUUUAUGUUCCUGCGGCAAGAGUUGCCUGUUAGAUUGGCAAAUAUAAUGAAAGAAAUAAGUCUUCUCCCAGAUAAUCUUCUCAGGACGCCAUCAGUUCAGCUGGUACAAAGCUGGUAUAUCCAGAGUCUUCAGGAACUUCUUGAUUUUAAGGACAAAAGUGCUGAAGAUGCUAAAGCUAUUUAUGACUUUACAGAUACCGUGAUACGGAUCAGGAACCGACACAAUGACGUGAUUCCCACCAUGGCUCAGGGUGUGAUUGAAUACAAGGAGAGCUUCGGGGUGGAUCCCGUCACCAGCCAGAAUGUUCAGUACUUUUUGGAUCGCUUCUUCAUGAGUCGAAUUUCAAUUAGAAUGUUACUCAAUCAGCACUCCUUAUUGUUUGGUGGGAAAGACAAAGGAAGCCCAUCUCACCGGAAACACAUUGGAAGCAUAAACCCAAACUGCAAUGUAGUUGAAGUUAUUCAAGAUGGCUAUGAAAGUGCUAGGCGUCUUUGUGAUCUGUAUUAUAUUAACUCUCCUGAACUAGAGCUUGAAGAACUAAAUGCAAAAUCACCAGGACAGCCAAUACAAGUGGUUUAUGUACCAUCCCACCUCUAUCACAUGGUGUUUGAACUUUUCAAGAAUGCAAUGAGAGCAACCAUGGAAUACCAUGCUGACAAAGGUGUUUAUCCACCUGUUCAAGUCCACGUCACACUGGGUAGUGAGGAUUUGACUGUGAAGAUGAGUGACCGAGGAGGUGGUGUUCCGCUGAGGAAAAUCGACAGGCUCUUCAACUACAUGUAUUCAACUGCACCCCGGCCGCGGGUCGAGACGUCCCGAGCAGCACCCCUGGCUGGUUUUGGCUAUGGAUUGCCCAUCUCCCGUCUUUAUGCUCAGUACUUCCAAGGAGACCUGAAGCUGUAUUCCCUCGAGGGCUAUGGGACAGAUGCAGUGAUCUUCAUUAAGGCUCUGUCAACAGAAUCAAUAGAAAAACUCCCAGUGUAUAACAAAGCUGCCUGGAAGCAUUACAAAACCAUCCAUGAAGCUGAUGACUGGUGUGUCCCCAGCAGAGAACCAAAGGACAUGACAACGUUCCGCAGUGCCUAGACACACUUGGACCCCUAGGAAAUCCAAAUGUGGCUUUUGUAUUAAAUUUGGAGGGGAUGGUGUUUAGAACUAUAUUAUACCAAAUAUUUCGUGUCCUUUCCACACCUAUUUGGAUAGAAUAAACGAAAACUGAAUUCCGUUUAUGCCUAUUAAACCUCCUCAAGGAUAAAACUGUACCUAUUUGACACAUAUUUUCACAGUUAAGUGAACAUAUUUUUAAACAACCGUAGUUUUGGUCAACUUUCCCCUUUAUGGUAGACUUCUUUGGGUUUCUACAGGAAGCUGAGUGGUUUUGUAAAAUACCUUUCAUUUUUCAUUUGUGUCUGCUGGAACAUUUUCUUAGUAAUACUGAUUAGCUAGUUAACCAUUUUCCUGUUAUUGGCAGGAGUUCUGCCUGCCUUUACUUAGUGGUAGCUGUAGUAAGAUGGUCUUCAUGUUUACUAUGAAGUGCUAACUACAAGUAAAGCAGGAACAGUUGUCCUGUUAGUAUAGAUCCACACACCUUAAAGCUUCAAUGCAUUAUCUUAGCUCUGAAGUCAUUUUAAAAUUUUAUUGCAAAGGAUUAUAAUGACUAGUUCCCUAUGGAUCUGAGCGUAGACUGAGGGCAGUCUGCUUUGAGUGUGCUUGUGACUAGCACGAGGAGAAAUUUUUAUCCUGAAAACUAACUAGCAGCUGCUAACAUUCUGGAGAAGAAAUUGUAGGCAAAACAGUGAGUCCCAAAACCUGAACCAUCGAUUAUUGAGAUUACUUGAGGGAGCUUUUGAGAAAGAGCUUUUCUGGUUCCUACUCCGGACAUACUAAAUUGCUCUCCUAAAAUGCUGCCUCGGUGAUUCUGAUGCAUCACCUACUUAGGGAAUCGUUCUUUUGAAGUGAGUAAUGAUGAUACCACAUUUACUAAAGGAACAGAGAUCUUUAGGUUUUAGUUUUCACCUCUACAAAGGUCAGACAUCUAGACGGUAGGAGAGACAAACUGAAUCUCAAGCCGGGUGCACUUGGAAGCAUAAUUUGAAGCAGGAGACAAAAUGACAACUGGAGAAUAGUAGGUAACAGAAGGGUCAGAACCAUAACACACGUCUCGGCAAAGAACAUAUACUUUCUAAGAAAUAUCUAGACUUUGUUAUCAGGAACAAGCCAGUUGGGGCUUAUGACAGCAAUCCUUUGCAUUUGCAUGGUAAUUUAUAAUCUACAGGUACUUGGGAAUAUUAUGGUAACUCUAUUGGGCUUUAAAACAAAGGGACACAGAGCAGGUGGUGUCACCCUUGUGUUGAGACUCAGAGUGUGGCCCAAGUUGCCCAGAAUCGGAGCUGGGGCCCAGGCUGUGUCUGCGGCCCCCGGUCAGCUGCCAGGUCUGGGAGACCAGGAAGUUAGGAGACCGUUUAGUGAUACCUCAUCUUCUUUUAAGGUGACAAGGAAAUAUAUUGAAAAUAAAUGUUAAAGUAAGAUUAAAAAUGUUUGAAGAACAGCUUUACUACUUAAAUGGGGGGACUUUAUCUGGAAAAUACAUUGAGUUGAAAGACUUCAUCCUCAAAAGCAUUCUAUAAGUUUAACAAUUCUCUGUAAGUUUGUAAAUUGGGAGGGAUGCUGAAAGGCAGUUAGUUUAGAACCCUGAUUGGAGAGAGGAUAAUUCUUGGAGGUGUUUUUGCAGGCGCUAAUUCACAAAUCUGAGCAAAUGUUGGAAAAAAAGAUCUUUUGCCUAACCUGUUGUUCCUUUAUUAUGGAUUUUGUGAAAAUCAAUAGGGUACGCUAAUAGAUGAUGUUAUUAGGCAGCGGUGGCUGUGGUGUCCCGGGCUCUGGGGGGAGAAGAGGACAAUGGGGAGGCGACAGUAGCAGGAGCCGGUCUAAACCAAGGCAGCCGCCUGGCAACCUUUUUGCCCUCCUCCCCUCAGGCCUGUGAUCCCUCCUCUCUGGCUGCUCUCUGCCCACAGCUGUGCAGACACCUCCGCCAGAGUCUUGUUAAGGGAAGUGAAAAGGUAUUUCAGGAGCCACACCUACCAACCCACCAUCGCCCCCAGAACCCCAGAAAAAAUACACGUUUCUUGUAAUGACAAAAUAUUUUAGAAUUUUUGAAUCAAAAUUUCUACUUUCUUUCCUAAAGGAGACAUUUGUACUACUGACAUAAACUUGAUGUUUUUACUUAUGACUCGUCUUCUCACCCACCCCAAUUUAAACCCAUAUGUAAAGUUUUACCUCUAUAUUUAAUAGCUAAGAAAUCAUGUUUGAAAGGAAAAGUGAAAUUUUUCUUUAGCUUCUUUUUAAAGUAUAAUAGCUCUUUGUUAUUGUGGUAAUGGACGGAAAAUUACAUAUAAAAAUAUUUGGAGGAAAGAUUUUUGCUAGUUGGUUUUAAAUCAUUAAAAACUGAAAUGUUUUUAGAUCCUUUUACUCUUUUGCCUAUUAACAUUUAAUGUGAUGCUAUGUAGAUAUGAAAAUAUACUGAAGGAUAGGAAUUGAUACUAAGUGGUUUUUAUAACAUGGGCAUUUAAUGAAUGUGCCAACAUUUUGUAGGAAGAACCGCAAAAAUAUUCUGUCCUAUACUCAAAAUACUGGCUGGCUUUAGAUAUACUCAAUAGCAAUCACUUUCUUGUACUGUGAAGAUGUUGAAGUGGAAGUCUACCAGGUUAUUUUAUAAAAUGUGUUGUGAAUGGCAAUAAACUGAAAACAUGGAA